CCUAGGUGGGGCGGGCGCCUCGCCCCCGAGGCCUGCCCCGAGCCGCGUCCUCCAAGAGCCGCCUCCCCGAGGCCUCCUCCCUUUUGUCGCGCUGCCGGCUCUCUAGGGUCACUCUCCGCCGGCGUCCGAGCCCCACGCGCUCCUCUCCUCUCCACCACCGCCGUCGAGAUGCUGGCCUGCGGCCUGGCCUGCGAGCGCUGCAGGUGGAUCCUGCCCCUGCUCCUGUUCAGCGCCAUCAUUUUCGACAUCAUCGCGUUGGCCGGCCACGGAUGGCUACAGUUGAGCGGUACCGAAGAGUACUCCUCGCUGUGGUCGCGGUGUAACCCUGACGGCAAAUGCGACAGCCUCAUGAAAUUUGCGUGGGGAAAGGCAGCUGCCGCCAUGCUCCUCUGUGGCUUCAUCAUCCUGGUGAUCUCUUUCAUCCUCUCUUUCUUUGCCCUCUGCGGAUCCCAAAUGCUUGUCUUCCUGAGAAUGAUUGGAAGCCUCCUGGCCCUGGCUGCUGUGUUCCAGAUCAUCGCCCUGGUAAUUUACCCUGUGAAGUACAACGAGACCUUUAACUUGGCUCACAGCGCUGGUGGCAUCUACAUCUAUAACUGGGCCUACGGCUUUGGGUGGGCGGCCACGAUUAUCCUGAUUGGCUGUGCCUUCUUCUUCUGUUGCCUCCCCAACUAUGUAGAUGACCUGCUGGGCAAUGCCAAGCCGAGGUACUUCUACACAUCUCCCUAAGGUGAGGAAUGAGCAGAAGAACAUCACUGCUGCUGAGAUGGACUCCAGAGAAAGAAACUGUUUCCCCCGGAAUACUCUGAACCUAUGUUUGGGGCAGUGUUCAUAUCAUUAAACUAUAGUCAAAAUGCUACAAUACUUUGGGAGAGGAUAUUUCUUAAAUAGUUUUAGAGUUUCAUAUUCAUCUUUUAUCUGUGAUUUGUAGAGUUAAACAAGACUUACUUCUUUUAACUAAUUACCUAAUUACUAAUAUGCCAGUGUUUCCUUAUAUCUAGCCAUACCAUUUAUAUUGCAUUUGUAAAAGAAUAUGAGAAGGAAACUUACGUAAUUUAUAAGGUAAAAAUGAGAAGGCUUCAGAGAUUUGAGUAAUCUGAUCAGGUUUCUGUUUUUCCCAGAUGGAAUGAACGGGGUCUAUUAAGGACUAAGGAGAAGAGGAAGAUAUUGGUAAAAAUUGCCAGUGACCAAAUAUUCUAAAAGAAAUGCAAAAAAUAAAUAUUUUUUCAAACCUUCUGCUAUUUAAAGAAGCCAAAUCAUUUCCUAAAUGCAUAUCAUUUGUGAGGAUUUCUAAUUAACAUCAUGAAUAACUGAUUUGGGGCUAAGCUUCCCGUUAACUUGAUAUGGCAUCUAGGAAAGUAUUCUUUCAUAGCCAAAGCCUGUUGCAGUAGUAAGACCUCCUUAAGUAGUGAAAUCUUAAGAUGAAAUUUUCUCUUUUAAAGUGGUUUGUAGGGUUGGGGUGUGGUAAAGUGCUACUAAUAAUUCUGCGCUGUUUGGUGUCUGUAUGUUCUAGACUAGGGUAGACUGGAUUAAAAGGUGGAUUGGUCUAAUUCUUCGUAACCUCUAGGUGGGAUUAGGUUGUUUAGUAAACCAUUAGGAGGGCCAUUCCCAUCACAAAGUAACGUGAAAACAGCCUAAAGAGAAGAAAUGGCUUGAAUUUUUCGCCUUAGGCUUGACCAGGCUCUAAUCGUGUAGACACAGCUUCUGAUAGAUUGCAGCUGUAAUCAAAAACUCAAAUACGGUUAAAAACCUGGUUUCCCUUGGUAAACAGAUUAAAAAUAUCUGAGGUAAAACAUGCAACAGGAGAAUUCAGGGAUGUGGGAUUUCUCUGAAUGGCAAAUAUGAUAUAUCACAUGGAUUUUUUUUUAAUAUUUGUACUUAUGUAAUGAAAACCAAUUCAUUUUAUGUAUCAAAUUAUUAUCUUAUAAGUUGUAAAAAUAAGCAGUUGCAGUUUUCAU